AUGUCUCCCGCUUAUUUUCUCUUAUCAUCAGGAAGUGAUGUUAUUGAUACUAAAGAUACAGAUAAUUUAAGAAAUGGAUCUAUUAUUGGUAUAAUCGGAAUGAUAUUUCUUAUUGUUAUAUUACUUUGUGCUAACAGUAAUACCAAUAUUUCUUCUACUCCAUCAUUUCCUAUAAUAAAUUCACCCUCACCAACAAUAAAACGUGAUAAAAUUCGUAAUACAGAUACUUGGGAGAGAUAUUUAAAAAUGAUAAAUAAUCCUAUUAGAUUAAAUUCUGUGGUAAAUUCAAAAAAGUACUAUGGAUCUUAA